AUGGGUGCACGCACUGCUGUCACCACUGCUACUCACAUUGCUGCUGUCAGCAACGCUGCUGUUAAGACUGCUUCCGUGAAGACCCUUGCCGUGAAAAGUGUUGCUGUUAAGGCCGCAGAUUCAGCAGCCAAAGGAACGCGUGCAUCUGCAGCUGCACCAGCCAAGGCUGUUGCUGCUAGAAGCGUUCCUACCAAGCCUGCAGCUGCUGCAGCUAAAGGCACUCCAGCCAAGGUCACUUGUAUGACGCCUGCAGCUACAAGCAGUGUUGCUGUUAACAGCAGCCCAGUGGGGUCGGUGGCAACAAAAGUGGCAGGAGAGAAGGCGAGGGAGCAGGGCAAUGGGAGGGCAGCACACACGGCGGAGCGUGGAGCAGUAGGGAAGGCGGCGUUGGGAGGGGUGGAGGUAGCAGGAGGGCACGCAGCAGGUGUGGGGUCGGCGCAGAACCCAAGGGAAGCAGUUCACGGUGAUGAAGCAGCAGGUUUGGUAGCAUUACCAAUAGCAAGGCGGCAGAUCCAGAGGCAUUGCCUUGGGAUGUGGAGGGAGGGUGGUGCGGGUGGGAUGAGCAUGGCUAGUGGGAUGAGCAUGGCUGGUGGGAUGAGCAUGGCUGGUGGGAUGAGCAUGGCUGGUGGGAUGAGCAUGGCUGGUGGGAUGAGCAUGGCUGGUGGGAUGAGCAUGGCUGGUGGGGGCUGGUGGCAGGUGCAUGGCGGGACUUACCCCUUUUUGCACCCUGCUUGUAGGGUGUUGUGGGAGAGAUGGCAGGAGAGGUGGAGGCAUGUGGUCAGCUGGAGGCAUGUGGCCAGCUGGAGGCAUGUGGCCAGCUGGAGGCAAGUGGCCAGCUGGAGGCAUGUGGCCAGUUGGAAGAAUGUGGCCUGA